GUAUCACCGCUCAAUCUUCCUCAUAUCAUUCAACACUCUCGUAAGAUUGAUUGAAAGAGAAACAGUAACAAAGGUUCCUAGUUCUUGACUCAGUAUCAGAUUUGUUUUGCAUUGCUAUUCGACACCUUGAGAGUGGACCUCCGGUGCUCAUAGACUAGUUCGUUUGGCAGAAGAGAAGGAGACGGUACGGAUGAUGCAAUGGCUGCUAAGAUGCUCCAUCAAGCCUCUCUUGUUCAACCUAAAGCCUCACUUCCCCGCAGAACCCUCCCUUGUCCAACUCACCUCUUCAUGCGUUCUUCAACCUCAGGGUUGCAUUUUGGGGCCAAAAAGGAAAAUGGGUUUGUGUCAGGAGCUGUUGUGGAUUCAAAUUUGAGAUUUCCGGUGGAGAGCAAGAACAAUCCAAUAAUUGUCAUCGACAAUUAUGACUCCUUUACAUACAAUCUCUGCCAGUAUCUGGGAGAGCUUGGAAUGUACUUCGAGGUUUAUCGAAAUGAUGAAUUAACAGUGGAGGAGUUAAAGAGGAAAAACCCACGAGGAGUGCUUAUAUCCCCUGGACCAGGUACUCCCAAAGAUUCUGGAAUUGCAUUGCAGACUGUUUUGGAACUUGGGCCUAUUGUUCCUUUAUUUGGGGUGUGUAUGGGUUUGCAGUGCAUUGGAGAAGCUUUUGGAGGCAAGAUUGUGCGUUCGCCCUUUGGUGUCAUGCAUGGAAAAAGUUCUAAGGUAUAUUAUGAUGAGAAGGGAGAAGAUGGUUUGCUUGCUGGAUUGCCAAACCCAUUUACUGCGGGAAGAUAUCACAGCCUCGUGAUUGAAAAGGAGAGUUUCCCUGGUGAAGAACUUGAAAUUACAGCAAUGACCGAGGAUGGGCUGAUAAUGGCAGCUCGUCACAGAAAAUAUGGACAUCUGCAGGGCGUUCAGUUCCAUCCUGAAAGCAUCAUCACCAGGGAAGGCAUGACCAUUGUUCGCAACUUUCUCAAACUGAUAGAGAGAAAGGAGGCUGAAUCUCAAAACUAGAGGCUUGGUUUCCCUCUGCAACUGUAGGCCAUGUAAUAGAUACGUUGCAUGGCGUUCAGUUCCACCCAGAAAGUAUCAUAACUAGCAAUGGCAUGACCAUUGUUCACUACUUUCUCAUACUGAGAGAAAAAGGAGGAAGAAUCUCAAAUCAAGAAGCUUGGCUUCCCUCUGUAACUGUAGCACGUUAUAGAAAUGUUUUGCAAGUAAUUUCAGUACCUAGAGUCCAAAUUAUUAAAAUUAGUUUCAACCCGAUAAGUUAACUUGUUGGGUUGGGGUAUUUCAUAUCGUUUAUGUAUAUAUUCGAACACAAAUUAAUAAAAAUAUAGUCUCUCCUGUGAA